ACCACACAGAUUAUGGUUGGCAUCUGCAGCUUUGUCAGCGGUAUUGGUUUGGCAUUAGCAGACGAUAUCUAUAUAGUUAUGCCUGGUGUGCCAUUCUGGACAGCUCUGGCAUUCAUUGUUUCAGGAUCUCUCUCUGUGGCAUUCACAAAGAAACCUAAGCUAAGUCUAGGAAAAGUAACCUUGGCAUUCAACAUCAUUAGUGCUCUAGCUGCAGGGACUGCCAUGAUUUUCUUCUGUCUUGAUAUUGCCGUCUUCCGGAUGUUUUAUUUUAGUCAGUGUGACUCCAUAUCCGAAGAAAAGAAAGAUCCUUUGUGUUUGGAAGUUCUGGGAAAGCUUAUUGUACUGAACUACUCCAUUAAGGUGCUCCUGAUGUUAUUCUGUCUCUUGGAGCUAUGUAUUGCUGUCUCUCUGUCCGUGUUUGGGUGUAAGACUGUCUGCCAUAACAAUUUCUCCUAUCAGCCUGUUAUUUUGCAGCAGAUCAGCAUUCCUGGGCGUGAAAGUAUGGCUGUUCCUCUUAUCACAGCAACAUCUGAAGCCGAGUCAUGUUAGCCUAACUGGAACCUGCAGAGUGGUCCUGCCUAAACAAAGAAAGACAUGUACGAUAAAUCAAGCUGUAUACACACCAAAUGUUUUAUUAUUAGAUUUGAUGCAUUCAUUUUAUAAAUUAAAUUGUAAGAAUGAUGUUACUUGUUGUACAUGUUCAUGUAAAAUGUCAAUACCUUGUUCACAUAUUGCAGUCUUUUGGAAAAUAUAAUACAUAUUUCCAACUGAAAGGAAAUGCUUGUUUUGCCUCAUUCUUCCAUUCCUACACACACACACACACACACACACACACACACACACACACACACACACACACACUAGAAUAAUCCUAGCUCUUUACUUAAUUUCUUUCUCUGUAGCUGUUCACCCUAAAUGAAGAUUUAAGAGUGACACAGCAAAGCUGUAUGUUAGGACUAGUGAGGGCCUGUACUAGUAUCACCCAGGACAUCAUUUUUUGAGCAGCAGUUGAACCAAGGAUGACACAAGUGGUGGAGUUUGCACACAUUACAAAGUAGUGAGUCUUUACCAGCAAGCAUGCAUAUUGCUACUCUUAAAGAAAAUAAAUAUUUAUCAGCAAUGACAUUAUUCUUAGGGGUAGGGGGUGCAUAAAUUAGCUGUUGGGCAAGUAGAUUCUGUACUUCAGCCUAUAUGUAGAACAGUGGGAGAUUAGGUAGACAAAAGUCCUUAUCUUCCACCAGCACAUAUGCUUUUGUAUAAAAAAUAUAAUUCCCUUUAUAUGUUGUGCUUUCCUAAAACUCAGCACAUUAUCAAGGAGAAAAUCUGUUACUGGAUCAGAAUGUGUGAUGUAACUUUAAGAAGCUUUGCAGAGAGUCAGCACAUGCAUGUAAGUACUGAGCACUUGCAAACAACAGUGCCAUUUAGAGUGAGCAGCCAGAGUGAGAGCAUACAAGUAUGUAGUCCGUUUAAGUUCAAUGUUCCUGUUAUCCUUCCUGAUGUUUGUAUUCAAUAAACUACUUAAACACCCAA